AUGAGACUGCUAAUAUUGCUCAUCGGAUGUCUUCUCUCAUUCGGUUUCUCUCAGAAAUUGAGCACAGCGGAAGAUGAAGAGCGAUCGAAAACUUGUGGAAGAAUUCCAAAUCAAAACGCCAAAACAAACGAUGAACUGUCACCAUGGAGCGUUCGAGUUGUGGACAAAUUCUUUCAUCCUGCAACUUUGAUCUCCAAAAGACACGUGUUGACAUCAAGCUCAACUCUAAUUAAAAAAGUACAAAAUGAAGAUAGAUGGACAUGGGGUACUGGUGGUCCAGAUGUUGAUAUUGCCAAGUGUGAAAACAAACAAAUGGUAGUACCUCCUGAUUCGAUUACUGUAGAUUUAGUAGCAUGUAACAAUCAUUUUUUGUGUCCUUGGAGACCGAAAGUUCUCAUCAAGUCGGCUCAUUAUAUCGGACCCUGUGACGCGAAAUCAUCUCCAGAAGGAUUACUCAUUGUGGAAAUGGAGAGAGAUAUUCCAGAAGAUUCAGAGUAUUACAUUCCAGCUUGUAUUCCAGAAUCAGAUAUUUCGAUUGCAAUUGAUGAACAAUUGAUGUCUCACAAAGCAGAUUCCGAUAGCAACAAUAAUGAAAUAAUUGAGCUGCUUCCUACAACAAUCAUAGCGUGUUCUACUCCUUCGGACCAUCUCUUCUGCGCCGAAUUCUCAAAAAGUCCUGAAGGAUCCACAAAUCCUCUGAUAAAAAGAGUCGAUGCGGUUGACACUGUCGUUGGAUUUUCGAUUUACUGCAACGAAGACUGCAAAAAGGAAACUUUUGCAUCUGUGACGUUUUAUAAGGAUCAAAUCUGUGAUAUAGCCGGAAUUUGUAAGAAAACAUCUCCCGGUCCAUACGCACCAAAACAAAUACCACCGCCAACUGAAAUUUCACUUUCCAACAAAUUCAACAAGUUGACAAAAUCCGAAGACGUUGCAAACACAGAGUCGUGUGGAAAACCGACAAAUCCUGGAUCAAGUCUUCCGAUUGAUCUAACUCCGUGGACGGUAAACGUCAAUACUCCAAAUGAUAAUGGAUACAUCUACAACCCAGCAACACUUAUUUCGAAACGGCACGUUGUGGUUGCAGCAUUUGCCUUGUUUGAAGACGAACCAGCUAAAUACUUCGAUGGAACAGCUGUGGACCUUUCGAAAUGUCAAAAUAAUGUUAUGGAAAUCCCAACGGAAUACAUCAAGAAGACAACUGUAGACUUGAGUACAUGUAAUGACCCAUCAAAGUGUGGAUCACAACUAUCGAAACAAGUCAAAUCGGCUGUCUACUUUGGAGUUUGUGAACCGGAAGUUCGAGCGUUGGGUGUGGUUUUACUGGAGAUGGAUAGUGAUCUCCCAGCAGAACUUCCAUAUUUUGUUCCCAGUUGUAUUCCAGAGAAAAAGGUACCCGAAGUGGGUGACAGCUUACAUCUGCAUUCAAUCGGGCAAGACAAAAAUAAACAAUACACAAGAAGAAUUAGCGUGGCAAAGACAGAGAAAUGUACUGGGUUCUAUCGGAUGUAUUGCCAAAUCUGUGCGACUCAAACCGAUUGUAAUGAACAUUCGAAUGGAGGACUCUCAAGAACCCAAAAUGGAAGAGAAGUUCUGAUCGGAGUGAUGUAUUACCAUGACAGCACUUGUAAAGUCGAAGACCUUGUCUCAAUGGAAGUACUAUCGGAUCUAUUUUGUCUUUAUGCGGGAAUUUGUAAUACAAAAAGUACUGACAACGCAACAGGACAGAAAAACGGAGGAAAAGAUUCGCAGAAACAAUCCGUUCCUCAAAAACAAGCUGGAAAUCCUAAAAAGCCGGACGGAGCAGAAGAAACUGGAGAUGGGGGCGAUGAUUCGAAAGUUGACACAGCCAGUUCAUGUGUAUUAACUAUUUAUUUCUCUGCUGUCGCAUUCUCAUUGAUGAGUACCUUAUUUGGUUUCUAA